AUGGCUCAGUUACUUUAUCGCUUUGAAGAAAGAACAGGAAAAACAACAGUAUGUUUCCUUCAUCCUGCUUAUGCAUCCUACAAGGCCUUAUCAUUACCCGCAUCGAGUGAACAAGGUCAAGGACAGGUGGAGAGAUGGUUAAUGUAUUGGGCAGUGUUGGGAAGUUGGACUGCUGUUGAGAGUGUCAUAGGAUGGGGUUUUACUUGGAUCCCAUUCUACAACAUCAUCAAAACUACCAUCUUCGUUGGUCUGGCUUUACCCUCCUCAGGGGGCGCCGCAUAUAUAUAUCAUACUCACCUCGCACCGUUCUUUCAUCAAUAUGAAGGUGACGUCGAUGCGUUUUUGGCUUCUUUGAAAGGAAGAGCUAGUACUGCUUUGACUGAAGGUUUGGGAUGGGUUUGGGAAAGGGCGAAGGAACAGUUGAAUGGCGCUUUACCUCCUCAAGGAUUCCAAGUCGGAACACCAGGUCAACCUCCCGCUUACAGCUCCCUUGGCAACGCUCAAUAUCCAUCUGACCCGACACAACCUCCCACCUUGCAGGAUCCAGCUUCUGGUGCCGUGCAACAAUUAUACCGAUCUGUCACUCAUUAUGCAGGCAGGCAAGUCUUUUUUUUCAUUUCCCCUACUCGGCAUCCGCUAUCACCAUGCUCAAUACAAACCAUCUACUCCUGCAAACCGCCCUACACAGUGCACAAUACAUUCUUAUACAUGCCACUUGCCAUCUCAGCCCUUUCAGCCGCCGCUGCAUCCACACGUAAUCCCAUUCAACCUCCCGUCCGCGCCACCCAAGUUCCCGAAAGUGUAGACAUGCCAAUCCCCAUCCCAACUCCACCAGUCCGUACCGACUCUUCAAGCUCUGCUGAACUACGUUCGAGAACAUACCAAAUGGCCUCUCAACUGAACCAAGCCAUCUCUUCUUCUCGAAUUUCCAGUCAACCACGUGCCAUGUCGGCCUCUUUACCCGUAGAUAGACCUCCGUCACAGAACAGUUCAGCGGAAAGUCUAGCUUCACGUUCUUCAGCAAAAUGGGUGGAGAGUUACGAACAUGUAGCAAUGGAUGAAGCUCGUGAGGCUGAAGGUCAGAGACCUGGAGUAGGGAGAAGAAGUUCGAGUUGGUGGGGUUGGACAGGUUCCCCAGGUAAAGAAAAGGAUAAGGCGGAAUGA